AUGUAUGGAAAUUAUUCUCACUUCAUGAAGUUUCCCACAGGCUUCGGAGGUUCCCCCAGCCACUCUGGCUCCACGUCCAUGAGCCCAUCGGCAGCCUUGUCCACAGGGAAGCCCAUGGACAGCCACCCCAGCUACACUGACACCCCAGUGAGUGCCCCACGGACUCUGAGUGCAGUGGGGACCCCCCUCAAUGCCCUGGGCUCUCCAUAUCGAGUCAUCACUUCUGCCAUGGGCCCACCCUCAGGAGCUCUUGCAGCCCCUCCAGGAAUCAAUUUGGUUGCCCCACCCAGCUCUCAGCUAAAUGUGGUCAACAGUGUCAGCAUUUCAGAGGACAUCAAACCCUUACCAGGGCUUCCUGGCAUUGGAAACAUGAACUACCCAUCCACUAGCCCUGGAUCUCUCGUUAAACACAUCUGUGCCAUCUGUGGGGACAGAUCCUCAGGAAAGCACUACGGUGUGUACAGUUGUGAAGGCUGCAAAGGGUUCUUCAAGAGAACCAUAAGGAAAGACCUCAUCUACACAUGUCGGGAUAAUAAAGACUGCCUCAUUGACAAGCGUCAGCGCAACCGCUGCCAGUACUGUCGCUAUCAGAAGUGCCUUGUCAUGGGCAUGAAGAGGGAAGCUGUGCAAGAAGAAAGGCAGAGAAGCCGGGAGCGGGCUGAGAGUGAGGCAGAAUGUGCCAGUAGUGGCCAUGAAGAUAUGCCCGUGGAGAGGAUUCUGGAGGCUGAACUUGCUGUUGAACCAAAGACAGAAUCCUACGGUGACGUGAACAUGGAGAAUUCGACAAAUGACCCCGUCACCAACAUAUGCCAUGCUGCUGACAAGCAGCUCUUUACUCUCGUUGAAUGGGCCAAGCGUAUUCCCCACUUCUCUGACCUCACCUUGGAGGACCAGGUCAUUCUGCUCCGGGCAGGGUGGAAUGAAUUGCUGAUCGCCUCCUUUUCCCACCGCUCGGUUUCUGUGCAGGAUGGCAUCCUUCUGGCUACGGGUUUACACGUCCACCGGAGCAGUGCCCACAGUGCUGGGGUUGGCUCCAUCUUUGACAGAGUUCUGACUGAGCUGGUCUCCAAAAUGAAAGACAUGCAGAUGGAUAAGUCAGAGCUGGGGUGCCUACGAGCCAUCGUGCUAUUUAACCCAGAUGCCAAGGGUCUGUCCAACCCCUCUGAGGUGGAGACUCUGCGAGAGAAGGUUUAUGCCACCCUCGAGGCCUACACCAAGCAGAAGUACCCGGAACAACCAGGGAGGUUUGCCAAGCUGCUGCUGCGCCUCCCAGCCUUGCGCUCCAUCGGCUUGAAAUGCCUGGAGCACCUCUUCUUCUUCAAGCUCAUCGGGGACACACCCAUUGACACCUUCCUAAUGGAGAUGUUGGAGACCCCACUGCAGAUCACCUGA